CUCGCCCUCCCUCCCUCGCCUCCCGGACUCGGCCGCCCAGCCCGACAGGUAUGGCACUGACUGUGGACGUGGUGGGGCCGGCGCCCUGGGGCUUCCGCAUCACCGGGGGCAGGGAUUUCCACAUGCCCAUCACGGUGACCAAGGUAACAGAGAGGGGCAAGGCCGAGGCCGCUGACCUCCGGCCCGGCGACAUUAUCCUGGCCAUCAACGGGGAGAGUGCACAGGGCAUGCUCCACGCAGAGGCCCAGAGCAAGAUACGCCAGAGCCCCUCGCCCCUGCGGCUGCAGCUGGACCGGUCCCGCGCUGCCUCUCCCGGGCAGGCCAACGGGGGGAGCUCCAUGGAGGUGCUGGCGACCCGAUUCCAGGGCUCAGUGAGGACGCACACUGACAGCCUGUCCUCCCUCCGGUCCUCCUGCUCCAGCCCUGCCUCCCCCGGCCCCCGGUCCUGCAGCCCCUUCUCCAGCCAGCCCUGCGCCAGCCCGCCUGCCCUUGCUGGAGAGGCAGCCAUCAGCCAAAGUUUCCAGAGCCUGGCAUACACCCCGGGACUCACCGCUGCUGACCGCCUGUCCUACGGAGGCCACCCCGGGAGCCGACAGGCUGGCCUCGGCUCCGGCCUCGCUGGCGACUCGGCAGUGCGGGUGCUGCCGCCUUCCCCGGGCGCCCGGUCCGCCAGCCCCAGACGCAGCGUGGACUCGGAGAGGGGAGGUCACCACCUGGAAGAGGACUCCGAGGUCUUCAAGAUGCUGCAGGAAAACCGUGAGGCGCGGGCGGUGCCCCGGCAGUCCAGCUCCUUCCGGCUCCUGCAGGAGGCCCUGGAGGCCGAGGAGAGAGGUGGCACGCCUGCCUUCGUGCCCAGCUCGCUGAGCCCCCAGACCUCCCUGCCCACCUCCAGGGCCCUGGCCACCCCGCCCAAGCUCCACACGUGCGAGAAGUGCAGCGCCAGCAUUACGAGCCAGGCCGUGCGCAUCCAGGAGGGGCGGUUCCGCCACCCGGGCUGCUACACCUGUGCGGACUGCGGGCUGAACCUGAAGAUGCGGGGGCACUUCUGGGUGGGGGACGAGCUGUACUGUGAGAAGCACGCCCGCCAGCGCUACUCAGCACCCCAAACUCUCAGCUCCCAGGCCUGAGCGCCGCCGUGCUCUCAGCCUGCUCUUGACUCUGUGG